AUGACGCAGGAACUCUGUAACUCGCUGUAUCACUUUGGCUCGAGUGAGUACCGGCUGCUGCUGUUUCACCAGCACGAGCUUCGUCAAAAGUACCGAGACAAGAUCAGUAAGCUCGAGAACCAGCUCGACGAAGCCGUGCACUUAUACCCGCAGGUAUCAUCGCUCCAGGCCAACGUCGAAGAACUCGAGGAGCAUCUGAGUUAUAUAUCUCCGCAGCAUCUGCGACGGCCUGCACACGCUCAACAGCUGAUAAGAUCAGUCCAUGUACUUGUCCAUGAUGGAUUCAGCGAAGCGACGCAGGUUGGCAAAGACGUCAAAAUGUUGCAGGUGGACAGAAAACCUCGAAGACCGUGUGCGCCAACGACGCGUAGUACCCGUAUGCGUGUGGACGCCAAAGCGACGGCACCAUAA